CCCCUGCCUCCCUUAUGUGCGUCCAAAUUUCUCUCAGGCUCCCUUUCCAAAUCUACGGCUUUUCCACUCUUCCCCUUCCGAGUAAGUUUCGAAAAAUCAAUGUCGUCACCGACCACACCCCCUCAUCUGGAGUCGCAGACCUUCCCAAACCCAGCCAUCUCCGACCACCGGCAUCACUCCUCGGUUCGCAGACCAGGCCAAAAGGAAAUCCGACACCCCAGUCACCCUGUUCUCGUUUCAACCGGCCCCCACGAAGCAACGGCUGCGUCCUUUCAAGCGACGAACAUUGUGAAGGGAAAAUCGCCCCAGUUCCUUUUGCGCUUACGGAAGUAUGGUUCUUACAUUUGGAACCUGGGAAAAAAUAUGCUGCUAAGUGCGCUGGGAGUCAAGCAACAAAAAUUGCUGCUAUUGAGGUCCCUAUUGCUAAGGAAGCUACACAGCUUACUGGGAGUCUGGGACUGCUGGGAAAAAGCUUAUGAGACCUGAAACUGAUCUGCAGGAACCUGGGAAUGCUAGGAUGGUUGAAAAUAAUGUUGGGACUGUUUUGAAUGCUGAAAAACAUAGUUUUGAGUUGUCUGUCAAUUUAUUUUAAAUUGUUGAAAAUAGUUUUGAGUUGUCUGUAAUGUGAAAAGAGUUGUUUGAAAUUGGUUUGUAGUUGUCUGUCUAGUGAAACUUUAUUUUAUAGUACAUUUUGAUGAUUUUAGUAAUUGUUAAUGUGGUUAUAUAAAAGUGAUCGGAGAUAUGAUUGUAUUUGUUAAUGUAGAGAUGAAUUUGGUGAAAACCAAACAUGUAUAAUAUUGUCUGUGUGGACAGACAAAAUAAUGUGUUAUGUUUUGUAUUGUUUUGAACAUGUAUAUUUGUUUGGAGUAAUGGAUGAAGAGGAGAAAAUAGUUGUAUUAAA